AUGCACCCUACCGCAAGCCUCGCAAACGCCGUCGAUCGCUCCUAUCACGUAUAUCGAAUUGAUCAUCCUCAUAUCGAAUCGUCGCUAUACAGCCUUGAUACCCGCCGAACGCACCUAGCACGCACAACAGCUGAGAUCGUCGGUCCUGCGUCGGACAAGCUACCAGUGCAAUCUCUGUUUAAUCAGAGUAGUACAGCAUUUUCAAGCUGUUUCAUGUCACACUUUCUCAGAGCAACACCCCUCGCACUCAGCCGGAAAACCCGGAUAGUGGAAGUCCCGGACUUUUCGAUCAACCUGCCAACGAACCAAAGAUGCGCCGCAUGCAUGGACAGACUUCGAACCUACUUUCCGGCAAACAGAUUCAUACGGCAACGGCCCCCUCGAACAAGUUUUGUUCUUUUGUUGAGUUACUCCGAUCCGGAGCCGGGCAAGAACACACCGAAACUGCAGGCAGUGCUUGCUCUUCGUUUACCAGUCACUCCCAUGAGGCCUUCGGCUGUGCGUUCUACUUUUAACGCAGUCUAG